AUGGAAUCGUUGCAAUGUGAUCAGGUGAAAGAAAGAAUUCUUAUUUGUCUUCAUUCAUAUGAUCAAAUCGAAGAUUUUCGAAAAGGAUUGAAUGCUUUGGAUGAGUCAAUUAAUUAUUAUACAGACACAGAAUCCUGUUUGGCAUUCCUAGAAUCAACUAGCGGUAAAGGCAUAUUCUUUAUUGUUUCGAAUUGUUUUCUUUCUGAAAUUACUUCUCGACUCGAUAUCUUUCAACCAAUUGAUUUCAUCUUCGUAUUUUAUGUGAAUAAAACUGAAUGCAAGCACAUUUAUCAUGAGCAAUUGAAUAUUAUAGGAAUUUAUUAUGAAUUUGAUGCUUUAUGUUCGUCUAUUCACGAACAAAUCGAUUUAUUCGACCGCGAACAAUAUCAGUGGAUUGUUCACGAUCAAGAAGGUUAUUUACAACGAGAUUUAUCCCGGCAAGCAAAUGACUUUCUUUGGAUGCAUUUAUUUCAUCAAGUCAUCCGUAAUUUUCCACGUGAUGAACAAGCAAGACAGGAAAUGACUAAUUUCUUUCAUGAUUCAUCUGUAGAUGAUACAAUGAUUCAUUCAUUAUUCUAUGAAAAACUAGCUCAAACUGCAUUACGUUAUAGAGAUAUCGAUAAACUGUAUCAUCUACGAUAUUAUUUGAGUAAUUUAAUCAAUCAUCUAAGUGUGGAACAUCAACGAAUGCUUCGAAGUGGAAUAUACGAAAAUUUCACUGUUUAUCGAUGGAUGAAAGUCUCUCCGAGUGAAUUGAAUUCUUUGAAGACAAACCAGGGUAAAUUACUGGUAUUGAAAGGAUUUCUGUCAGCAACUUAUCAUCAUCGUCCAUCAACAGGCGAUUCAAGGGAAGUUCUUUUUCAGAUAAGCUGUGACGUGAAAGAACUUGGUGAGAAUCUUAUUUUUGUCAAACGAACUCAAUCAAACGAAGACGAUGUUCUAUUCGAUUUGAAUACAACUUUUCGAUUGAACACUAUCGAACAGAUUGAACAAGUUUGGAUAAUAACUUUGUCGGCAGUCGACGAUGGGAUAAAGAUAACAAAAAAGUUUCUUGAUGAUACACAUCGACAAAAUGAUAAUUCCAAUGUCUCUAUUCUAUUUGGUCAAUUAAUGAUCGAUAUGAACGAAUGGGAUCAAGCAUAUAUUUAUUCUCAGCAUUUAUCAAAACAUUCAUCAGAUGAUGAUUUACCAUGGAUUGAAGAGCUGAUUGGUCACGUUUUUUGCUACAAAAACCAAUGGCAGGCCGCAUGCCAAGUCUACGAUCGAGCGUAUUCUCGACUGAUGAAAUCUGAACCAGUUCGAAUUCGAGAUUCAGCUAAUAUUCUUCUCCAUCUCGGCUAUAUUUCGUACUUACGAAAAAAAUACCCCGAAGCUUUGUCAUACUGUCAACAAGCAUUGAAUAUUCGAGAAAAGUUUUACUCUUCAAAUCAUCCUUCUAUGGCUAAUUGUCUUGAAUUAAUAGGAGUUUCUUAUUGUGGGAUGCGAGAAUAUGAUACUGCACGUACAUUUUUAGAGCGAGCAUUAACAAUUCGAGAACAAUAUUAUGAUCAGUCUCACAUUGACAUUGUUACAAGUUUGACUGGAUUCGCAUCUGUUUGGACGCUAGAAGAAAGACAUAAUGCUGCUCUCGAUUCUCUAAGUAGAGCGUUGUCUAUCUGUCAAAAAUAUUAUCCUGCACAUUGCCAACUUAUUGCUUGUAUUGUUACUAUGAUAGGUAAUGUUCUUCUUCAAAAAGGUGAAUAUGAAUCAUCUCUCAAUCAUUAUCAACGAGUCUUAACGGUAGUAACAAAAUUACAUUCUUCAGGUUACAUUGACAUUUCUACUAUUUUGAACAAUAUUGGGAAUGUCAAACUUAGCCAAGGGUUGUAUGAAGAUGCUUUAGAGCUAUAUAAAAGAGUACACGUGUUAUUAGAAAGAUAUCUUCCAUUGGAUAUUUUGAAUAUUGCGGAAAAUCUUCUUCAUAUUGGUAAGACACUCAGAAUCCAGGAAAACCUCACCGAGGCACUCGUUGUAUUGAAGCAAGCACUACAACUACUUGAAGAAUACUAUUCACCUGAUAGUAUAGAAAUCAUUUCGGCACUUGAUAGUAUUGGUUAUGCUUUGAUUCAACAAGGCAAAGUUGACGACAGUUUUAUUUUCUUCGAACGAGCUUCAGCGAUUCUACGAAAUCAUUCGUUAUCAGAUCAUAUCUAUAUUGCCAAUAGUUUCAAUAAUAUUGGGUAUGCUUUGAAGCAUAAACAAGACUACGAUGGAGCCAUGGAACAGCAUCAACAAGCACUGUGUAUUCUGGAAAAAAUGUUUCCGCUAGGUCACUCGUGUAUUAUUGAAACGAUCGACUCUAUUGCAGAAAUUUGUGGACAUAAAAAGAAAUAUGAUGAAUCCAUCGAUUACUACCAGCAAGCAUUGGACAUGAGAAAGCAAAUGUACCCUACUAAUCAGCAAAGAGUUGCGAAUAGUUUAAACUGUAUUGGAGAUAUUCUGUGCAAACAAAAAAAAUUUGAUCAAGCUCUAGUCAUUCAUUACCAAGCACUGCAUAUUCAUGAACAUUCUUGUGCAUCUGAUCACAUUCAAAUAGCAAGAGAUUUGAUCCUCAUUGGUGUCGUUCUAUGUGAACAAGGUAAAUGGGAUGACGCACUCGAGUUACAGAUGCGAGCCUUGUCCAUUCGGAAGAAAAGAUAUCCACUUGAUCAUGUUAUAAUUGCGUAUACGUACAGGCAUAUCGCUAAAUCACUGUAUCAUCAAACAAAUUAUGAACAGGCGCUCGAUUAUUAUCAGCAAGUAAUGGCCAUCUACGAGAAAAAUUUCCUAUUUGAUAGUAUUGAAGUCGCGAACAAUCUCGAAUGCAUCGAACGAACGCUUUAUAAGCUAUGCAGAUACGAUGAGGCGCUCAAGUAUUGCUCACAACUUCUUACAAUUAAACAAAAACAGAACUCAACGAAUACCUGUGCUUAUAUAAGCAAUCUAUUGAACCAAAUGGGCAAUAUACUCCUCGAUCAAGACAAACACGAUGAAGCAUUAUCGAACUACCAACAGGCACUGGCAUUACGAGAGAAGGAGGUCGUGUUAGAUUACAAAUCAAUUUCUAUUAUUCUUGGCAAUAUUUCCAGAGUCUUCUUAAAACAAAGAAAUUAUGAUCAAGGAUUCGAAUUUCAACAACGGUCAUUAAAUAUACGAGAAACAUAUUUACCCGAGAGUUACAAAGAUAUCAGUGAUAACUAUCUUUGCAUGGGCAACGUACGAGAAGCACAAAAGAAGUACGACGAAGCGAUCGAUUUUUACCAGCAAGCAUUAGCAAUUAACGAAAAACAUUGUCCAACUGAACGGUUCAAUAUAGUCAAGUGUUUGUCUUAUAUCGGCGACAUUUUUGUCAAAGUUAACAAGUACGAAGAAGCCAUCAAGUCUUAUGAACAACAGUUAGCUAUUUUAAAAGAAUUAUUUCCGUCUGGUGAUAUGAACAUAGUGUUGACUCUUAGCAAAAUCGGAAAUGCUUAUUACCAAAUCAUCAAUUAUGACAAAUCCCUUGAAAUAUACAUGGAAGCAUUGAAAAUGCUAGACGAAGUCGCUCCGACAAACCAUACAGACCUUCUUACUUGUCUUCAGAGCAUCAAUACUAUACUGAUGUGUCAAUUUGAAUACGAACAAGCACUUCCAUUUCAACUACGAAUCUUAGCAAUUCGAGAACAACACUUUCCAGACUCACAUACGGACAUUAUCAAAACCCUGAUGAGUAUCGGUGAACUCCAAGCUUUGCUACUUGAUCAAGAGGAGGAAGCAGUUAACAAUUAUUCUCGAGCAGCAACUCUACUAAAACAACUUAGUCCCUUAAAUCAUGAUCUACUUCUUAAUUGUUUACUUUCUAUAUCGCGUAUCUGGUCACGGAAAAGAUAUUAUAUGAAUGCGAUCGAAUAUCUCCUAUCAUAUUCUAGGAUUGUGGAAACUAUUUUCCCAGAAGAUGGGCUCGCCUACGCUCAAUGUCUUUCAAGUCUCGCUUCUAUAUAUCGACACCUUGAUCAGUAUGAAUCAGUUUUAGACUAUGAUAUGAAAUCUUAUUUAAUACUUGAAGGAAUCUUACCACCGGACCAUGCCGGUAUCGUUAAAAUUCUUAUAAGUAUUGGUAAUGAUUAUGAAAAUCUCGGUGAAUUAGAACUAGCUGUGGAUUACUACCUACGAGCAAAGUGUAUUAUUUUGCAGCAUACGUUGCCUGAUUUGCUAGACCUUCUGGUAUUGGAGGAUAAACUGGAGGAACUUUCAGCGAUAUUAAAUAAUUCAGCAAAUUAA